AGUCUCCUGUUGCGUCUAAAUAUGUUUGUGUUACUUUGAUCUCUUGUACGCUGAAUAGGAUCAUUCGUUUUUGUUAAUAAGUGUUUACUCGCGAUCAGAAAGAUUCCGUAGUGAGAGAGAACAAAGACGCAGCAGCCUCGCCCGACCGGCAUUUGUUUUCCAAAAUGGCGUCGAGAUGCUUCCGAAGUCUCUCCCACAACUGGACGCUUAAGUUAACCCUUUCGGCUUUUUUAGCCUUCGCUGGGGUUUUCCUCUACGAUCUGCUCAAAGCCAAGUACAUCACUUCCAUUACUCAUUCUGGCUAUUACGCAACCGAACAGCAUGAUGGCUUAACCUUACUGCAACAAGAGAGUCCAAGCAACACCAAAGACGUAUCUAGUCAUUGCAACACUCUACUCUGCAACCACGAGUUUGCAGAAUCUCCCAGUGUUGCAGGCAUUAAUAACCACAGCUCCGAAGGCCGUUCCUCGAUUCUCAAGCAGGAUAUCGGAGGACGCCAAGGGAAGCGCCGAGAAAAUGCCGAAGGCGGCUCAGGAGAAAAAGCGACGACACGCCCAGGAGGCCGCGCGGGGAGCGACAGUCUUCCCCAUUCAUCUCCCACGGAAGACCGGAAAUUGGAAAAGAAAGAAGACGAAGACAAAGUCGCUGGCGAUCGUCCACGCAUCGGAACGCAGCAGCAGCGGACUUCCAACCUGCUUGUAUUACUCUGGACGCCAUUUUGGGAUCGCCGCGACCUGUGGGCGACCACGAUAAAGCAUCUUGGUCGACUGAGGGAGUCUGGGUGCCCCACCUGGAGCUGCGAGUUCGUGUGGGCGUGGCCGGAGGCGGAGCAACGGGAGGAGGAGGCAGCGGCCUUCGUGUUCUUCGGCAGAGACUUCUACGACGUCCCUCGGCCGCCUCGCCGCCCGCGCCAGCUGUGGGUGUGGCUGGACGCUGAAGCUCCACCCAUCAGCGAAGCGAGUACGAGAAUCUGGAACCGAGCCGAGAGUGAAGGCAUCUUCUUUAACCUCACUAUGUCUUACCAUCGUCUUAGCGAUGUGGUUUGGCAAAACGGUGACCUCGUGCCCUUGACCUCUUCCGUUGAGUAUCCCUAUGAACCCCGCUACCUCUUUAACACCACAGACAAAACCUUCCAGCAGUACAAAGACUACAUGCUUGGUUAUGACCGUGGGAUUAAGAUGGGCAAUAGUCCUCGAAUGCGGUCCAAACACGCAAAGAGCAACGAUUCAAACAUUAAUGGCUCUUUCAUUCAUGCUAAUGAGACUGCGGGUAAGCCUGAGAAACAAUAUGAGCUCCCUGGAGAUCGCCUCGACAAGAAAGAAACGUUAAACACAACACAUUAUAGAAAUAGCUCGGAAGCAGAGGCAGAAGAUUUGCCGUGGCACAAGUUUUACACUCAAGAGGAAAUUGCCAAGGCGAGGCGUACGAAGCUUGCGGCGUGGAUGGCUAGUCAUUGCCCAACGGACUCGCGCAGGGAGAACGUGGUGGCCGCCCUCCAGAGGUACAUCAGCGUCACCACUGUUGGCAAGUGUGGAGAGCUUUCAUGCGGGAAGAAUCACAUGGAUACGUAUUGUUACCGGUGGCUGGCUUCCUCGCACCUCUUUUAUCUCUCCUUUGAAAACGCCCUUUGCGACGACUACGUCACGGAGAAGCUGUGGCGUCCUCUGGAGCACGGAAUGGUGCCCGUCGUCUACGGUGGCGCCAGAUACGAGGACUUCCUCCCCUUCGGCUCCUUCAUAAACGCGGCGAAUUUCAAGAGCGCCGGGGACCUCGCUCGAUACCUCGUUUACCUGGGCAACAACCCCACGGUUUACCUGAGGUACCUGCAGUGGCGGCGGUUCUGGCGAGUGCGCUGGCCCACGCCCUGGUGCCACCUCUGCUCUCGCCUCCACCAGCAGCAGUCCGCACCCAGCCUCGUCACGCUCGACUCCUGGUGGAACUCCACCGCCACUUGUUAUGAUCCCCUCAAGUGGUGACGGCGCGGUCUUGUGGGUCCUUUUCUAAUACAUUAUGUUCGGGUUUUGCUGAGCUCGAUGAUGUACGCUCGUCAUGCCGUGGUAAUCACGCCAUUGUAUUAUCAUACGUGCCAUGUAUCUGCAUUGUAAAUAACCAACAUGCAUUGUAUCAUAUUAUAUCAGCAAAUACAGAUGGAAUCUCGUAA